AUGGCCAUGAAUCGCAUUCCUGGUCAUAAUAUCUAUGUCGGAGGGAUACUAUCCUUGAAGAACAAAGCUGCUCUCGAAAGAGAAAAUAUUACUCAUGUCGUUUCUGUGCUACGUCUCAGUCCUUCUGAAGAAAUGUUUUCAUUCUAUCAGCAUCACAAAAUAGAUGUUGAUGAUGUUGAUUAUGAAAAUCUCCUGGAGCAUUUCCCGGCUGCAGUGAGGUUUAUUCAAUCUGGCUUAGAUUCCAAUGGAGGUGUCCUUAUCCACUGUGCAAUGGGCAAGUCCCGAUCUGCCGCAGUCUGUAUUGCUUAUCUACUCCAUCAGCAGCGGAGCGCACUCACACCGCAAUCUGCCUUGGAGGUCGUCAGGCAAGGACGGCCGCUCUGUGAACCUAAUGAUGGAUUCAUGCAACAGUUAGAGCUGUACCACGAGAUGGGAUGCCCGGAUGAUGUCACUACCCACCCAGUCUACCAACGGUGGCUAUAUCGUCGGGAAGUUGAGGAUAGUGUGGCCUGUGGUCGUGCUCCUGAGAUAGGAUCAGUGCGAUUUGAAGACGAGCAACCACUGAAGCCACAAGUAGAGGAUAAGGGUGAAGUGGAGAUUAAAUGUCGCAAGUGCCGACGGGGCAUCGCAUCAACACCAUACAUUCUUUCUCACGAGCAAGAAAAGCGCACCAAUGCCAGAGCAAAUUCAAACGUAGAUUGCGCACAUAUCUUUUUACACCCUAUGAAAUGGAUGAGCUCAAGUCUGUUCCCAUCAGCAAGUGCUAAUGACCCGAACGGACAAUAUUCUGGAGAUGCACCCUUAUCUGGUCGCUUGGCUUGCCCUAACCCGACCUGUGGAGCCAAUAUCGGUAAAUUUGCAUGGCAAGGCAUGCAAUGCAGCUGUAACAGCUGGGUGGUACCUGCUCUGUGCCUGACUAAAGCUCGCGUGGACAUCGCCAGCAAGCCGAAGGCACGAGGAUCAGGGAAUCCCACCCCGGGCGUCCUGGGCAUUCGCCUUCCCCCGGGGAUACGACCUGCUGAAAAUAGCGCGUCUGGCUCUGGGCGUGGUAACCUGUGA